UGCACCCUCUAUGUCGCCGUUGAUGACGUCACUACCGGUUCGAGCGCCUUCGUGGGUAUCGACCCGGAGAGUCUUCGAGGAAAAGCUUCAGGAUCUCCACAAAUGCUCCGAUUUUAGCCAGGUGAAGCAGCUUCACGCGCAGAUCAUUCGGAGGAAUCUCCAUGGAGAUCUAUACAUCGCUCCUAAGCUCAUCUCCGCUCUUUCCCUCUGCCGACAAAUGGCUUUGUCUGUUAGGGUUUUCAAUCAUGUUGACGAGCCCAAUGCUCAUCUCUGCAAUACUUUGAUUCGGGCUCAUGUGCAGAACUCGCAACCGCACCAAGCUUUCGCUGUUUUCUCCGAAAUGCAGAAAAAUGGUGUCUUCGCCGAUAAUUUCACUUACCCAUUUCUGUUGAAGGCGUGUUCAGGUCAACCAUGGUUGCCCGUGGUGAGACUGAUUCAUAAUCACAUCGAAAAAUUGGGGCUUUUGUCCGAUAUAUUUGUUCCGAAUGCCCUUAUCGAUUGUUAUUCAAAAUGUGGUGCUUUGGGUGUUAAAGCUGCGAUGAAGUUGUUCUUGACGAUGGAAGAGAGGGAUACCGUGACUUGGAACUCCAUGCUUGGUGGAUUGGUAAAAGCCGGAGAAAUGGAGAUAGCUCUCCAGUUGUUCGACAAAAUGCCUCACAGAGAUUUGAUUAGUUGGAAUACAAUGUUAGAUGGCUAUGCGAAGUGCAAAGACAUGAGUAGAGCGUUCGAACUGUUCGAGCAAAUGCCUGAGAGAAACACGGUGUCUUGGUCGACCAUGGUUAUGGGUUAUAGCAAAGCCGGAGACAUGGAAAUGGCUCGAUUUCUGUUUGAUAAGAUGCCGGUUAAAAAUUUAGUCACCUGGACCAUAAUUGUAGCCGGGUAUGCGGAAAAGGGGCUUGUGAAGGAUGCCAAUGGAUUGGUUGAUCAAAUGAUGGCUACUGGUCUGAAAUUUGAUGCUGCAGCAGCGAUUAGUAUCUUGUCUGCUUGUGCUGAGUCUGGUUUGCUCAGUUUAGGGAUGAGAGUUCACUCCAUAAUUAAAGGGUCUAAGCUCAGUUCUGACACUUAUGUGUUAAAUGCAUUAACUGAUAUGUAUGCAAAAUGUGGAAGCCUCGAAAAAGCAUUUGACUUGUUUAACAAGAUGCCUAAGAAGGACCUCGUCUCUUGGAAUGCCAUGAUUCAAGGCAUGGGUGUGCACGGCCAUGGCAAGGAAGCUCUUGAGCUUUUCUCUGGGAUGCUAAGAGAAGGGAUUCGCCCUGAUAAGUUCACUUUUGUUGCUGUUUUGUGUGCUUGCACUCACACGGGUCUCAUCGAUGAGGGUAUCAAUUACUUCUACUCUAUGGAGAAAGAGUAUAGGCUUGUUCCACAAGUCGAACACUAUGGUUGUCUUGUUGACCUUUUGAGCCGAGGUGGUAGACUAAAGGAAGCUAUUAAGGUUAUCCAGACAAUGCCCAUGGAGCCAAAUGUUGUUAUUUGGGGUGCUCUUCUUGCAGCGUGUCGGAUACAUAACGCUACGGAUAUUGCCAAGGAGCUAUUAGAUCAUUUGGUUAGGUUAGAUCCUUCCGAUCCUGGAAACUACUCAAUGCUGUCAAAUAUUCUUGCAGCAGCGGAGGAUUGGGAUGGAGUUGCUAAUAUAAGGGCAAAGAUGAAGAGUAUUGGCGUAGAAAAAACAUCAGGGGCUAGUUCGAUUGAACUCGGUGAUGGGGUACAUGAAUUUACCGUGUUUGACAAAUCACACCCGAAAUCCGAUCAAAUAUAUCAGAUGGUUCGUAGGCUAGUUGAAGAUCUCCGGAAAGUUGAUCACUCACAAAAAGUUUUUUCGCCGGAAAUCAACGAGAUGAUUGCUGUUGGAUGAUCCGAUUAGUUAGAGCUUGCGUGGCAAGAAUUUCGCCUGGUGUGGUUUCUGCCAUUCUACAUACAAGUCUUCCUGGAUCCGAAAUCUGUUACCAUAUAGGUGCAUUAGUUGAAAUACUUAUUCAUAUUGAAAGGAUGGUCUGAACUGUUGUUUAUCUACAUAUGUAUUACAAACUUGCAUGAGUUCUCUGAUGUACAGACUGUAUAAUUAGCUAAUACAGGAUUAUUCUUGUUCUUCA